GUCGUACCACACAAUUCAAGACAAUUAUAACUAAGUAAUACAAAAACAGGAAAUGACAAACGCACGACAAAGCAUGGCAGGUAGGUGAGGAACAACAAAAGCAUGGGAUAGCCUAUUUGAAUGACACUUGAUUCUGCCUAAAAUUUAGGCUCCUGCCCCAAGUUAACCAUUAAAACACAAUAAUAAUACCUACGUCUCCGUGCAAAACUGUCAGGGAUUUUUUAAGGACAAUUAUUAACAGUAUGUAUGCAGCUGCGACUGCAAAUGAUCUCCAUGAGACUGUGUGGGGGUGUGCGCGCGCGCGCACGCACGCACGCACGAGGCAACAGCUGAACCUGCGGCAGCCGCGCACGGAAUGCAGUAUCCGGUUAGAAAGUAACGGUACUUUUAUGGAAACGUCUCACCUACACGCAACCAGCAGCCAGUCGAGUUGGGGGACCCGGUGGUCGCAUCUCGGAUUGUCCUAAGUUUCACUUCUUCUGGUUUCUGUCGAAGCAAAGGAUUUUUUUUCAAAAGUCAAAAACAAGAGGACGUCAGCAAGCUAAAGAGGUAACAUUGGAUCAGAACCUGUUUGUCAACUUUGUCAUUGUGGUACAAAAAUGACUGAGGUGGCGCAGGUUGCGGCUGUAGUCGCCCACGACAUUGAUGAUGUCACAAACGACAGUGAACUCAACAUGAGCGAUGCGGAAAACAAGGAAGACGACACGACCCACGAGGAAGAUGACGUGGCGGUCGAUGAAGACAACGCAGCUGAGGAGAAAAACGAGGAGACGUCACAAAUAGAAGACAAGGAGCCUUGCCACAUAAACGAUGAAGAAAGUAAUGAGACUGACAAGACACGCAUGAACGGUGUGAAUCAUAAAGAAAACACGGCCGAUGAGGAAAAUGAAAGCUCAGAAGCUGUUAAUGGUGUAGAACAGGACACAGAGACAAAGGAGGAUGCAGACCCUGACACACAUAAAGACCAGAGUAUUUCUGAUGUGACACUCAAGAAAGAGAGACUCCUCCGAUCCAGAAAGCUGGUGGCCAGAAGCUACGUGCCAAACUUGAACAAAGAAAAGGGGGACGUGACGGGCAAGUUUGAGGCCAUGCAGAAGGCCAGAGAGGAGCGCAGCAGGCAGAGGAACCAAAACGAGCAGCACAAGAGGAAGGAGCAAUACAUCAAGGAGAGAGAGUGGAGUCGCAGGAAGCAGCAGAUAAAAGAGCUGCUCGCUUCCAGUGAUGAGGAAGAAGAGGUGAAGCCAGCAAAGGUAGAAAAAUCCUACGUUCCUAAAAUCACAGGUAGUGUGAAGGGGAAGUUUGCCGAAAUGGAAAAACAAAGACAACAAGGGGAAAGGAAGAAAAUGGAAGGAGAGAGGAAGAAGAGGGAAACCCAGGACAACAUGGAAAAAGCCAAAAUAAAGAAAGAGUUGGCUCAGAAAGCAGCUGAGGAUGGAGAUGACACAAUCCUGAUACGGGUGGUUCCAGGAAAGUCAUCUCAACCUCCAGGCAGAAUCAAGGUGAACUUUGAGGACAUGGAGAAGAAUCGAGAGGAUGAAGUGAAGAAGAAGGUGGAGGAAGAGAAGAAGAGACGGUACGAUGAACACAGAGUGUCCUUCAGGGAUGCCAAGCGGCGCUCGGUUGUUGAACAGGAUGAAGAGGAGAAGCCUUCAGAGAGGGUGCAGGUGACUCCUGGAAAGCUGAAGAUGACAUUUGAGGAGUUGGAGAAGGAGAGACAGGAGCACAGGAAGAAGCAGGCUGAGGAGGAAGCAAAGCGCCGCCUGCUAGACGAGAAGAAAGCUUUCGAGGAGGCCAGGCUGGGAAUGGUGAAGCCAACUUCAAAACAAAACAUUAAUUUCAAUGAAAUGUUGUAUAAUUAUAAUACUUUGUUUGUGUGUUAUCAGGGAGAAGAUGAGGAGGGCACUCAGCCAGCUCAGGAAGACAAGGAGGAGUUCCGACCUGGAAAACUGAGGCUGAGCUUUGAAGAGGUGGAAAGGCAGAGGGUAGAAGAAGAGCGCAAGAAAGCAGAGGAGGAGUACAAGAGACGAAUGGAGGGGGAGAGAAGAGCUUUCGCUGAAGCCAGGAAGAGCAUGCUUGUGGAUGAGGAUGACGAGGUGCUGAUGGCCUUACUGAACCUGGAGGGCAGUGAGCCUGGGAAGAUAUGCGCCAGUUUUGAGGACCUGAAACGCCAGAGAAGAGAGGAGGAUCAGAAGAAGGCCGAGGAGGAUGCCAAGAAGAGACUGGAAGACGAGAAGAGGCACUUUGCUGAGGCCCGCAAGAGCAUGGUGCUAGAUGAGGAAGGAGAGAUGGUGAAGAGUGAAUCUCAGGAAGCACUGCACCCCAGAAAACUGGAGAUGAACUUUGAAGAGCUACUGAAAGAGAAGGAGGAAGCUGAGAGGAGACGCAAGGCAGAGGAACGCAAAAAGAAAAUGGAGCAAGAGAAGCAGGAAUUUGAACAACUCAGACAAGAGAUGGGCAUGGAUGAAGUGAAUGAAAGCUCAGAUGUUGUUAGCAAAGAGUAUGAAGAACUGACCAAACUCAAGAGGACCGGCUCCAUCCAAGCCAAGAACCUCAAGUCCAAAUUUGAGAAGAUCAAGCAGCUGACUGAAGAGGACAUUCAGAAAAAGAUUGACAUGGAGAGAGCACGGAGGAAGGCCGUUGAUGAUGAAAUUAAAGAGAGAGAAACUGAGCGGUUCCAGGAGGAGGAUGGGGAAGGAGAAACAACUCCAGCAAAGGUCGACGAGUCACCGUUCAAACAGAAGGUGGAUAUGAAAGCCAGAUUUCAACAAAUGGCUAAAGCCAGAGAGGACGAGGAGAGGAGGAGGAUAGAGGAGCAGAAGCUGCAGAGGAUGCAGUUUGAGCAGCAAGAGAUUGAUGCUGCCCUCCAAAAAAAGGACGAUGAUGUGGAGGACGAGGGUAGCAUCAUCAACGGCUCUGCAGCCUAUGAAGAUGAGGAGGACCACGCCAGAUCGGGGGCUCCGUGGUUUAAAAAGCCCCUUAAAAAUCAAUCCGUGGUGGACUCGGAGCCAGUUCGGUUCACCGUUAAGAUCACAGGGGAGCCCAAGCCGGAGGUGACCUGGUGGUUUGAGGGAGAGAUGCUCCAGGACUGUGAGGACUAUCAGUAUAUAGAGAGAGGGGAGACGUCCUGCCUCUACCUGCCGGAGACCUUCCCAGAGGACGAGGGAGAGUACAUGUGCAAGGCUGUGAACAGCAGAGGCACAGCAGCGAGUACCUGCAUCCUCGCAAUAGAAACCUAUGACUACUGAUGCCCUUCCAUGUUCUGGAAACUUUCCCUGUUGUCUCUCACUCCUUUUGUAAAACUUCAUCCCUCGUGGUAUGGUCAAACAGCAGAGGGAGGAAAAUAGCAGUAUGCUUGGCAUUCCUAAGGGAGGGAUACACAACACACACAGAAAUUGCAACAUGUUGUUUACGUUUGUAAAGCUGCACUCCCCGUAGAGUAGGAUGAUACUUGUGCCAAAAACAGACACGAUUCUUGUUCCCAUGCCAAGGGUUAUCUUUGCUGCGAGGCCCUUAUGACAUUUGUGAUACCAGCAAUUUUUAAGUAUCAUAGUACUGUAUUGUAAAUAUCACACUUUUUAGUCCAUACAUGGAAAACAUUAUGGUUGAGGCAUUGAAAUGUAAAUGGUAAGAUGUUCUUGUGUACUUAUCUUAAAUAACAAGGUACAGGAAUAUCAGUAAAACAUCUUGCUUCAGUAUUUUACUACUGCUCCACAACAGUUUUCUGUACUCUGCCAUAUUAGUAAAUGGUGUUGUGAUACUUGCCUGGUAUUAUAUCAAGGAGUAACGUCACUUAAUUGGAAAUUCACAGUGAAAGGUGUGUUGACAAUGAUAUUGCAGGAACAAAACAAUUUGCAUGUACAUCCCGUCUUUCAAGGAAACUCUUUAGGCCAAGAUUAAAUGUUUUUAAACUGCAGCAUCUAAAAAAACAUUAAUAUGUUGAUUUUUCAUGUUCGAACCCUCCUUUUUUCUUUUUGAGUUAAAUGUAAUACUAUUGAUACAACUGUCAUAAUUCAGUUGACAAUAGGUAACUGUUUUAUGCUUUGAUAAUGGAAAAAUAAACAUAGGCUAGCCUGAAAGUUUGUCAUAUAUUAUAAAUAAAAAUGUUUUAAUAAAGUGAAAGAAAAUCGACA